AGAUCAAGCCCAGCGCUGUUCACGGGUUCUCCUGGAUAUUGAGGCGGGUGCUCCUGUUCUCCUUAUCCCUGAAAGUUCCAGAUCAAAUAAUCUGAUUGUAGCAAAUUUGGGGAAGUUGAAGGUCAAGAACAAGUUUCUCUUUGCUGGUUUUCCUGGGACCUUUUCCUUACAAGAUAAGGAAUCUGUGCCUUCAGCAUCCCCAACGGAUACCCCCAAACACAGUAUGAGGAAAAUGACGAGCACGGAGGACCCGAAGGGGAUGCGUUCCGAGGGGCUGUUCAUGAUGCCUCCUGCUGGGAUGAGCCUAGGCGGCCUGAGGAGUGAGUCUGUGCUGAGUACCUCGACCAAGCAGCAAGGGCAACAAGCCGCGCCCUCCGCCAGCCAGGUUUCCAGUAGUCCAGAAGACCACGUCUGCCUGCUGGACUGCAUUGUCGUGGACCUACAAGACAUGGACAUCUUUGCUGCUGAGAGACACCCACGAGAGUAUUCUAAGGCCUCAGACGACAGCAGUGGAGAUCUGGUAUUCCCUUCCUAUUUUGUGCGGCAGACGGGAGGGAGUCUCCUCACUGAGCCUUGUCGGCUGAAAUUGCAGGUGGAAAGGAAUUUGGACAAAGAAAUAAGUCAUACUGUGCCAGACAUAUCUAUCCAUGGCAACCUCUCCUCAGUCCACUGCUCCCUGGAUUUGUACAAAUACAAGCUGAUCCGCGGUUUAUUGGAGAACAACCUCGGAGAGCCCAUAGAGGAAUUUAUGCGGCCUUACGAUUUACAAGACCCAAGAAUUCACACUGUUCUCAGUGGAGAAGUGUACACAUGCAUGUGCUUCCUCAUCGAUAUGGUGAAUGUAAGUCUGGAGCUGAAAGAUCCAAAAGGAAAAGAAAGUACUGGGUCCUUAGCCAGAUUCGACUUCAAGAAAUGUAAACUGCUCUAUGAAAGCUUUUCCAACCAAACCAAGUCCAUUAACUUGGUUUCCCAUUCCAUGAUGGCUUUUGACACCCGCUAUGCCGGGCAGAAGGCCAGUCCUGGCAUGACAAACGUAUUCAGCUGUAUUUUUCAGCCUUCCAGGAACAGCAGCACUACCCAAGGAUCCAUUCAGAUGGAGCUGCAUUACAGAUCUACGAAGGAUUCAUCCUGUUUUACGGUAGUUCUCAACAAUCUGCGCGUGUUCCUCAUAUUUGACUGGCUGCUGCUAGUCCAUGAUUUUCUUCACACUCCCAGCGAUAUUAAGAAACAGACUAAUGUUACUCCUUCUCGCCACCGUAACUCUAGCAGUGAAUCUGCUGUAGUCCCCAAAACUGUGAAAAGUGGAGUAGUUACCAAGCGGUCUUCUCUUCCUGUGUCUACUGAAAGGCACCUGGAGGUCAAGGUCAAUGUAACAGGCACGGAGUUUGUGGUGGUUGAAGAUGUGUCCUGCUUCGAUACCAAUGCCAUUAUUCUCAAAGGCACCACCGUGCUCACCUAUAAGCCACGAUUUGUCGAUCGCCCCUUUUCAGGGAGUUUGUUUGGCAUUGAG